AAUUAGAAAAUUGAUAAAAAGAAAAGAAAAGGCGGCGCAGCUCGUCUACGUGAAAGCAAAAAAAAAAAAAUGCUACUUGUAGCCGGUUCUUCCUGUCAUAAUUUAGUCAGUAUGUUUAAGAAAGCCGAAUAUAAUCAGAUGGAAAUAACUGAAUCUGAUUAUUCUAAUUGUGAUGUAGGGGUAGAUGCCAAAACUCAAAUUAUUGAGCCUAAUGAUGAAUUAAAUGUGUCCAAUGAUAAUGUCAAUAUGAAAUCAAAUAACACAACCAAAGAUGUAUUUAAAGACUCACAAUCUUCUAGUCAAACUGUAUUAAAUACAAGUACAAAUUAUAUGAUUGAUUAUAUUGAGCCUGUUGAUGAAUUAAAUGUGUCCAAUGAUAAUGUCAGUAUGAAAUCAAAUUAGAUUAGGUACUCAAGAAGUUAGUAAAUAAUUAUAUGACUUACAAAUUUAAUAUGAUUGAUUUUCAUACCUAUGUAGAUUUUAGAAAUUUAAAGAUUCAUUAUAUUUUAUCCAUCUAAUAUUUAUUAAAUGCACUUUUGUAGGUUUCUG